AUGUUCAACUGGCAGUCCCUCGGCCUGCUCGUCUUCUCCUACGUCGUAAUCCCGCGCCUCACCUUCCUCCCCAAAAACGUGCACUCGCUCCUCAUUAUCUUCGGGCCCUUUCUCCUCCCGCGCAUCGUGAGCCUCUUCAACACGGCGCGUGCAACCUCGCGGAGCGUAUCCGUCCGACCCACCCCGCCAAAAGUCCAGCGCGCGCUCAAUCUGCUGUUCGUCAGCGCCGUCGUCUGCCUCGUCCUCUCGCUGCCGCACUUCGCGCCCGAGAAUGUGUUUGUGAAGACGCAGGGCCGGCUGCAGACGGAGCCGAGUGUGCUGUUUACGCGGCUGCGGAUGCUGAGGGAGUUGACGGGCGAGGACGAGGCGCUGAAGGCGAAGUUUGCCAGGGUGCAGAAUAGGCUCUUGUACUUUGUGUAUGGGCCGGAUACGCUGUUGAACUGUGUAUGGUGUACGACGGGGGACGGAGAUGACCAGAGGAACUUCUUCCUUUACAGCUUGCCGAAGAUUUUGACGCCGCACAUUGCGCACCUCGUUGUGCUCGGCCUCGCUACGUCCUCGCUCGUCGGAUCGGAAGGGUCGCGGUUUCACAUACAUGCGACGAUUGCGGGGUUGGUGAUGGUAGUGGUGGAGGCGUGGUACUUGGGGACAUACGAUAUAACGAUGAACAAGCGGGCGAAGGUGCUUCAAGAUAUCGACUUCGUGCACUGGCGCAUCCGCUUCCUGCGGUACAUGUCGUUCGCCGCCGUAGACGGCACACUGGGAGCGGUCCUCUGGCUCACGAGCACGAACCGCUGGCUUGCGAAACCUCCCUCGAUGGCGGAGCGCAUAGAGACGACCACGCGUCAAGCGGAAGAGACGAUGCACAAGCUGCGCGCCCUCGGCCUCCUCACAAACUCGAUCAACCGCGAUCCUGCGCUGCGCGGCGUGCGAGAGGAAUACUGGCGCACAGAAGGACAAGUCAUGGCUGAGACAGUGCAAGAGGAAGAAGUCAUGGAGCAGAUCAACAAUGCGGUCAGCAAAAUGGACCUCCGCUCGCUGGAAGGACGAGUGGGCGAAGUUGCAGACGGCAUCAUCUCGGGCAUCGACGGCUUGCGCACAUCGCAGACAAUGUCUGCAAGUGGAAUGAGCGAAGCGCCCUCGUCAUCACCGUGA